AUGCUAAAUGCUUGUCGUCCUUUAGUAACGUCAGAUGAAAACAUUGGCAUCGCCGUGCAGCACGUGUCCUCCGAGCAAGACGCGGACCUGUCGAAGCGUUCGAAAGUUGGCAGCCUGUCGACCAACCAGGAGUACUUUUCUGAGAUGAAGGAAAGCAGCGCGUUUAGCUUCGACCAGUCGACCAUCGACGAGUACCAUAACGACGGCUUCGUGUCUCGUAAUUCGGAAGACGCUGAACUCUGCCCACAACAGGACACAGACGGACAGACCUCUGGCUCUCAAGCGACACUUGCCAAAAAGGAAGAGAUCAUCAAAGCGCUCACUCAGGAAGUGAAGUUCAAUGCGAAACUGAAGAAGUUGUACCACGCUAAGCAGUCGGUGCCUCUAGGAACGAUGAACCUCUUGAAAGAUCUGGAAAGCCAUAUUCAAAAUCUGGAAAACCAGUUGAAGGACGUGAAGUCAGAAAAUUAUCGCAUUCAGCAAACAGCGCUGGACGUCGAAUCGAAACAACAGAACAUAAACAAGAAAUACCUGAGCAUCAUCGAGGCUCUGCAGAUGGCCAACUAUCACCUGAAUCAGACCCACUGGUCAGAAAGACAAAAAGGAAUAUUCGACUUCGAGAAGUACAUGAAUCUUCAAGAGGGCUACCAGGCGCUGUACAGCUUCACGAUGAAACUCGUGCGAAAGUUACAUGCAGUGAGAAAGAAACUGCUGGAAAAGCACUUUGCAAUUUCAAACACUUCUACGGAACUGCUGCAGACUCAAAUCUCACUGCUACUUGCCCAUGCUAGGUUCGAGAGGCAAAAGAUCGAACUCGAACAAAGCAACAAAUUGCACGCCGAUGUUCGUCGUUCUCUGUCUUAUUCCGGGCAGGAUUUACUAAAUCGUACCGUAAAUCCACAGCUGUCGUUCUAUUUGCCAUUUAAACUUUACGGCUCAAGAAUGGUCAAGACAGAGGCCGACGAAUCCGACCUGACGCUUUACGUCAACGAUGACCUUCUCGAAUCAGAAUUUAUGGAGUUCAUCGAAUCAAUAAAAAAAAUGUCAGGUCAUGAAGGUGAGUCUUCGGGGUUGAAAAGUCAGAAGAGAUCGCCUACGGCUGGUAGACAAUCUAACAGCAGCAUUGGUGACUUCCGCAGAAGCUGGAUUUCGGCCUCUGGCUGUCAACGUGAGAAUUCAGGGGACAGAGGUGUAUCCUUGGGUGUUCGAAAUCUCGAAGGACUGGCGGACAUUGGAGAGCGGUCCUCGCAAUCGUCGCUUUCCUCAGCAACGUACAAAGAAAUCCAAACGAGCGCAAACCAGCGUCGACGGGAGCCCGUUCCCUUGUCGUCGGUUACUAGACUGAGCAGACAGAAGAACCCGUCGCUGAUACGUCUCGCUGACGCUGGCCAUGUGCGCACGAUGAAGGCGACGUUCGAGAAGCCGGAUUUGUUGACAACUACUGUGAAGCAUUUCGAGACACCUACUUCCUUGGUGUACGGUAUGAGGUGCCAACGUGACCUCAGACCGGGAGUCAAGAAUCUUUCGCUGCCCCGUCGUCAUGACAUUUACUACAAGCCUCAAAAUUCGUUUUCUACAAGAGGAGAGGAAGAAGAAGUGGACAAGGGAAAAUCUGAAGACCGAAGAAAAACGUUCCUUGGUCUAGAAAGUGAGCAAAUCACCACCAAGGCUGUUGUCGCCAAAGACAGUUCAGAUGAUAAGAGCAAGUGCGUGGGCUUAAGAGAGCCUGACGAGACAAAACAGACAGCCAGCUGUACACCGGAAAGCAGUGGCUCGAAUAUUUUCAGUAUCAGCUUCACCAGUGACGAUUUGAUCGUGGACCCUCAAUCCACUGGUAGCGACAUGAAGCCGAUCGGCAGCCAACCGCUUUUGUCAGAACCGAAAAUGAAUAGUAAUUUGGACACGCAUGAAAAUGGCCACGAUCCUGCUUCACACGAUGUCAAGAACGAGGCAGACGGACAGAGAGACACGUCCAAGACACCUGAAUCUUCCAACUUGCCAAGAUUGAAGCCGUCCCUGCUAUGUGGCAAGAAGGAACACCGAGAACAUUCUUCCACGCUGCUCAAAGCAUUCAACAGAGAGCAUGUGACAAACGUCUUAAAGCCUGUCGAUCCUUGUCACAAGCGGACCUCCUGGCUAUCGAAACUGCGUUCUCGGAAGUGA